ACCUUUAUUUAGUAUAUCCAAAAAAAGCAUUUUGUUUUAUGGCUUUCUUUUCUGUGCCUGAUACCUGAAUGAUGGAUGGAUUUCAGAUGUUGUUAAUGAUGGAAAAAUAUUUUAAUAAAGUUUAAAAAUUUUCACUUGUGUUUUCUUCUUAUAAAAAAAUGUGUUAAUUGAACAGUUGUUACAUAUAAUGAAAUUGGGAACAAGGAAAUGUGAAUAUUUGUAUAAAGUACCUCAUUUAAGAAAGAAAAGCCUGUAGGCUGCUUUUUAAGGAGAUACGUUGUCAGGAGGUUCAUAUGCACAGCAGAUGUCAGUGUUGGGUAAGCACAGAUUAAAUCUUUACAACACAACUGGAGAACAAGUGAGAGUUAAAGGCUGUGAGGGUUACAAGUGGGCAGUUUCCUUCAAAAUUACUUCAGGAUCAAGAAUUUUUUUUUGUUUUGUUUUUUUGGCUUCAGUGUACCUGUUACAAAUGUGAAAAUCCCAAAGAGACCUGAACAUUUAUAGACUUGCAACUAUUGCAACAAGUUUUGAUAUAAAUAUAGUAAGUGGAUAAAUACCUGCCUGGCUAAGGUGCUUGGACAGUUUGUGGAAUGUGUGACGUGUCAGUGAGUGUGGUUUGUGAGUUCACUAAUCGUAUUACAGGCAAGAAAUUUACCACACGAGACUGCUCUUAAUCUAAUUUUAGUUUAAAAAAAAAACAAACAUUGGAUGUAUUUGUUCUUUUUCCACCGGCCCAAAAAUUACGCAGGUCAUAGAGACUGUUAAAAGAGUACUGUAUGAGCUUUAUUACUGAUAUAACUGUCAGGUGAACUGAGGCAGUCACAGAUUGUACUCAUGCUUGGUCCUACAGGAUUAUCACAAUUUGUAUAAAUACUCUUAAAACACAAAGUAUUCAUGCCGCUAUAAACUAGGAACCUUCAGGCUUUGAAAAUAUAUACUGUAUACACUUUGUGGUGCACCAUUUGAAAGGACCUGACGUAACAUGUUAAAAUGUCUUUAAGAAGAUCUUGAAAUCCAAGUGCACGUCACAGAAAAGGGUUUUUGUUUGUUUCGUUCCCACCACCUUUUUUUUAAACACACCAACCAAAUGGUUACGCGUUGCUGGAUUACCAAUAGCGGGCUAGUCUAAAGGGAUAAACAACAGGGAUAAAGCUUCUGUCCAGCCAGCUGAACUAAGACAGGAGAAUAACCAGAAAGGGAACAGGAAGAGGAGCGACAACGUGUGGAGCGCCAUCACUUCUCAAAAGAUAAAAAGCAGGCAUCAAGUUCUCACAGUGACUGAAAAACUACUUCUAGUCCUGAAGACAUCAUGGAUACACAGUUUGUGUAUGACCUUUUAGGGGAAAAUGCUUGGUUAUACAUCUCUGCUACCUUCAUUGUGUUGUGGAUUGUCGGGUGGCUCUACAGAGACAGCUUGGAGAUUGAGGAUUUCAAAAAUAAGUAUGUCUUUGUUACUGGCUGUGACACGGGGUUUGGAAACCUGCUGUGCAAGAAACUGGAUCGUAAAGGUUUCCGUGUACUAGCUGGCUGUCUCACAGAAAAGGGAGCUGAUGAUCUGAAAAGAGUGGCAGGGCCUUAUCUGAAGACUGUCCUGCUGGAUGUGACCAGUCAGGAUAGCAUUGAAAAAGCAAUGGAGUGGACCAAGCAAGAGGUUGGCGAUAAGGGACUUUGGGGUCUUGUGAACAAUGCUGGACGUUCAUUACCCAUGGGUCCAUCCGAGUGGAUGAAAGUGGAGGAUUUCCACAGCACACUGAAAGUAAACAUGAAUGGAGUGAUUGCCAUGACAAUGACCUUCCUGCCCCUCAUCAAACAGGCUCGUGGUCGUAUUGUAAAUGUAGCAUCAGUGCUUGGUAGAGUGGCAGCAAAUGGUGGUGGAUACUGCAUUUCCAAGUUUGCAGUAGAAUCUUUCUCUGACUGCCUCAGGAGAGACAUCCACUACUUUGGAAUUAAGGUAUGUAUCGUUGAGCCCGGGUUUUUCAAGACUGCAGUAACGAGCCUCGAACCCAUUGAGAGGGAGCUCCAUCGCCUGUGGAACCAACUCAGCCCUGAAGUAAAGGCCAGCUAUGGAGACAAAUACCUUGAUAAAUAUGUCAAUAUACAGCGUUUGAUCAUGAAUGCCGUCUGCGACUCUGACCUCACUAAAGUGACCAACUGCAUGGAGCACGCUCUCUCUGCUGCCUACCCUCGCACCAGAUACAGUGCUGGCUGGGAUGCCAAGCUUGUCUGGAUCCCCCUCUCUUACAUGCCUUCCUUUGUAGUUGAUAUUGCACUGAAGCUCGUGCUUCCACGUCCUUCAAAGAGCGUCUGAUUUGGGAUGACCUACUUUAUGUCAUUUUGACGCAAUAAGGAGGCUGACAUUAAAAAAGUUUUUUUUCUUGAUCUAUUUUCCUUAUCAGAGUUGGCCAUGCGAUGAUAAUACGACAACUUUAGAAAUUACUGUUAUUAUAUUUAUAAGUGUAUACCAUAGAAAAGUCUUUUUCCUCUGUAAUGUCUCUUUGACACUUCUAGACAACACAAAAAUACUCAUACAGUUUACCGUAUGCAUAUUAUUCUGUUUGUUGGGUGUUUUAAUGCUAUUAUUUAAGGUGCUUGUUAUGGAUGUUGUUCACCAUGGAAGCCUAAAUAAAGAACAUUUUAAUAUUAAGAAACUGUGUUUGUCAGAAUGCAAGGAUGCUGCUGAAACGGGAGUGAGAACGGGCUGCAUACAGAAAGAAAAUAAAUAAAGCUUUGCUCUGAAACAAUGUCUACAGGUUGAGCUACAGUUAUGGGCAACAUGAACACGGCAGUUAAAUGAGAAGAAAUAUGCAUAUAUGAAGACUCAUGCACUGUAUGUGUGUGAUUGUCAUGUUUUUAAGUUGUGUAUGACUGUAUUAUUGUUGGGUCUUUAAACAUUAUUUUAUACUAUUUUGUAUACUUUCUAAAUGCAGUUCAGUAGCUCCGGG